AACCCCAAGACGGUACGAGCAGAGAGUAGCGCGACUGUCUUGCUUUUCUUCGUCUUCCGAUUCUCUCUUUCUUCGCCUCCUUCUUGCCUCAAACUAUAUAUAUACAUAUAUUACGUAUAUUCAUAGACAUUGAGAUAAUCGGAACUGACGCUAUCACAGAGGCUGGAGCUAGAGAAGAAAAGGAGGAUAUAUGGAGGGAGAUGCCGUAAGAGAUUUAAGAUGCCAGAAGACAAUGGAUGGGAAGGUGAAUGAGGACUGCGGUCGGACUGAUAUCCCUCCUUGUUGCCUGAAAGCCCGGGCUUUCGCCCCGGACCCUGAGCUUGAAGCUAAUUGCCAUGCAACAGUUGUUUCUGGAUGGUUCUCUGAAAGUCGAUCUUCUGAUGAUGUAGCCAAAAGAAUGUACUUCAACAACCCCAUGUGGCCAGGAGAAGCACAUUCCAUUGCCGUAGAAAAGAUUUUGUUCAAAGAGAAGUCAGAGUAUCAAGAGGUCCUGGUUUUUGAGUCUGCAACAUAUGGAAAAGUUCUUGUUCUUGAUGGCAUUCUACAGCUGACUGAGAAAGAUGAAUGCGCCUAUCAGGAGAUGAUAGCCCAUCUUCCCCUUUGUUCCAUCAAAUCACCGAAAAAUGCAAGCAUCUUUCUGUUUCUUGCUGUUGGUAUCUCUCUCCAUUUUAUAAGAAAUGUUAUGCUUAAAACUAAUUUGUUCUAUUUACAGGUUCUGGUCGUGGGAGGUGGUGAUGGUGGGGUCCUAAGGGAAAUUUCUCGUCACAGCUCUGUAGAGUUAAUUGACAUAUGUGAAAUAGAUAAGAUGGUCAUAGAUGUUAGUAAGAAGUUUUUUCCUGAGUUAGCUGUUGGCUUUGAGGAUCCUCGUGUUCAUCUCCAUGUUGGUGAUGCUGUUGAGUUUAUACGGAAUGUACCAGAAGGGAAAUAUGAUGCCAUUAUCGUUGAUUCUUCUGAUCCUGUGGGUCCUGCUCAGGAGCUUGUGGAAAGGCCAUUCUUUGAGAUGAUAGCAAGAGCGUUAAGGGCUGGUGGUGUUCUUUGUAACAUGGCAGAGAGCAUGUGGCUUCACACUCAUCUUAUUGAGGAUAUGAUCUCUGUUUGCCGUAAAAUAUUCAAGGGAAGUGUUCAUUACGCAUGGACAAGUGUCCCCACAUAUCCAAGCGGUGUCAUUGGAUUUAUACUGUGCUCAACGGAGGGAGCGGCUGUUGAUUUUAGGAACCCUGUAAACCCUAUUGAGAAGCUGGAAGGAGCUCUUGAGCAUCAAAGAGAAGUCAGAUUCUACAAUUCACAGAUGCAUAGAGCUGCGUUUGCGCUGCCACCAUUCGUGAGGAAGGGGGUGAAAUGUCUUUGAGGUUAUAUUAUGUAUGAACGAAACUAGACUCGUGACCGUAUUGGAUUUGUCAUACCACGAGAUCCAAAUAAUGGUGACGGCUUUUGACGUCGUUUAUUUAUGUAUGUAAAUCCAAUCUCGGGAUUUUUGUUUUGAUUAAUGAAUUUAAACGUUUAGGAGUUUAGAUGA